AUGAAUUCCAUAAUUCUCUCUUCAUCGGAAACUGCCUCGGUGGACAACCCCAUCGACCCGGAGGAAGACCGAGAUUAUGAUACACAUUACCAUCAUCCGGUCUGGCCACAACGCUGGUAUCAUCCAGAAUUCACUAAAGAAGCCGCCGCACUAUGGUGUGAAGAGCCAUGGUACAAAGAUAUCGAUCGCCAGAGUCGCCGGUUUCUAAGGUCAUCACUGUGCAAUUUUCCUUGGGGUCAUAUUAUCUAUCGGACAACCUACACGCCUGAGUCUGAGAAAUCAUGGCCGAUUGCCAUGGAAAAGCUGACUCGCGUGAUGCACGAAUGGAUUGAUGGUGAAUUGGAAAAUCCCCGAAAUUCCUACGGGAAUGACUCCCGCCCCGAGCAACUGGUCAAAGAGUCGCAUAAGGAUGUGAUCAUCUCUGACUCGAGUCGUUGGGACGGUGCUAGUGUUGAGCAAGUCCGUAGCCAUUAUAUGGAGCAUCUGCGCGAGAUGAAGCAGGAACGUUGCGGUGAACAACCUCGCUUUGUUGUCUGUCUUAUGAUUGAUGAGAGGUCAUUGAAGUCCAUUGUUGCGAAAGAUGACUAUAGCGGGUUUGUUGGGGUAGUUGAUGGAUGGUAUCUCCCCGGAAUAAAAUACGAUUGGCCUUCUUACCGUGGAUACAUGAGGGCGGAAGUUGCUGCCUUGUGGCCCCUUUAUCAGAAUCUUGAUUUCAAUCAUAUGGACGAUGUAUUUCUGAGUGUUGCAGAUGGAUUCAUUCCCGUUUAUGAUGCCGGCUCUUGA